AUGGUGCCUGCUCAGAUAAAGAUUCUGAUUAAGUUACUCUUAGAUCUGACCUUUUUCUUCCUCGUAUUUUCCAUAUAUCUCAUAAACAGCUUCCGCUUCAUGAAAACCAAUCACAUAGGAAUGACAGAACUUUCUGUAAAAUCAAGAAUAGACGGCGUUUACGAGAUUGGAGCUUUUAAAGCCUUUGAAAAUCAUUGGUGCCCUAAUCUCGGCUCAAUUGACGCUAUCUGUGACAAUAUAAACGACUGGAAAAAAGCUGGGGUUUUAUUUAUAGUAUUCACAUCUUUUGCACAUGUAUUUAUGGUCUUUGGAAUGGUCAAUUUAAUACUGAAAUCCUGUUUCUGUUGUUUUAAACUGAGAAUAAUGAAGGAUUUAGAAAAUUAUAUAUACCCUUUGCUUUAUUCUUUAAGCUUGAUUUUAUAUGUAACAGUCAGCAAAGUGUUUACACUUGAAAAACCUAUGUAUUAUAGUGAUGCUUAUAACGUCAAAGCAGAGUCAGGGCUGGUUUUAAUGUUCGUUGCCCUAAGUUUUAGCUUGGUAAGUGGUGGAUAUUACUUUUACUUCCGAAGGGAAAUCAAUGGGUAUUGUGAAGUUGCUGGGAAAGAAAGCUUCCUGAUGCGAAAUGUAGAAAAAGUCUAA